CUCAGCUUCGAGUACCACAACAGUGGAAAUGCAUCCAGGUUUUGUGCUCCACCUCGCCGCCCUCCCUGGAAUAGCCCACGCCUUCGUCGGGGGAUGGGCUUCUUUCGUGGUCGGUGCUGACCAACAUCGACAACAGCAGCAUCGAUGUGCUGUUGGUGAGCCCUUCGCUCGAGCGGGUAGCAGUAGCAGGUUUGCUGGCUCCACGAGACGGCCCCCUGCUGUUGCGGCGCCUGGAGCAGCACGUAGGAGGCAGCAGCUCCGGCUUAUGCCCAACGAGUACGAAGCGUUUUUCAACAAGGCGUCCAGGUUAGGGGCGGACGCGACGAGAGACCUCGCACCCGAGGAGCGCGCGCAGAGAGCUAUGGAGGGGGAGAAGCUAGAAGACGAAAUCAUUGAGAUCGCGACCGUGUUGCGAGAGAAAGCGGACGAAAUGGUGGCCGAAACGGGCGCCAUUAACUUCGAGAUCAUCCAGCCGAUGAUCGACGAGAUCGCCGUCCUGAAAAGCAAGUACAAGGUGGUGAUGGGGGCAACUGAGACCGCGGACGGAGACGGAGCUCCGGAUGCCGAUGAUGGAGAGGAUGCCAGCUCUUGUUGACCUAGACCACUCCUGCUAGACGCCCAUUGUUUCCUCUACGCUGCUAGGGCCGGAGGAAAGCCGUGCCCGUGGCGGGUGGCUCCCUCGCUUGAAGCAUUUGGAGAGGGAUGGCGGGGGUUGCCGAGGGGGGAGGUGGUAACCCCACCCGCUUGGACUCGCUAGGGCCGGGUUUCAGCUUGUUUGCUCUGAUCGGACUGUCGUUUUGCGCCCUCUCUUGGAGCCUUCGUGCAGUCGUCCGAAGGUUACAUAGGAUGUGGGGUGGCCGGUUUGCGGUCUUGUUCGCGUGGUACUCGCUUACUAUAUGUAUUCCUUUCACUCGGGAGCUAUAAUAGUUUUGUCGUUUCAUCUUGUUCUACUGUAGUGUUUUCGUUUCGAGAGUGUUCAUCUGGAGUGUGCAAGGAGUAGUAUUGAAUAGAUAUUAUAUCUCACUGCUGCUGCAUCGCAAUCAAACCGUCUUGGGCCGCUCCUGGCUUGACUGGCUUCGGCAUAAGAUGCGCAAUAGAAAUGACCCACGUGUUAGACCAUACCUUCCGUGUGGGAAAUGCUUACAUUUCGCACCUAGAUCUAGCUGGACAGGAUACGAUGGACUCCGUCACAAGCACCGCACGGGAAGCAGUUGAUGAUUGUGCGAAACUGCCGCAGGGCUGAAGGUGCUUUGUCGCACUCGGAUUCUCCUUGUCCAUGCUGGGACCUUUCAGAAUGGGGACACAACCAUGCGUAUGAGUGCCGAACACCUUGAAUGUUAUCCGUGUAGCGGUCGGUGCCACCCUACACUGGUGUAGUAGUGUUACCGUUAGAAUGUUUUGUGCUUGCUGCCCCGCUUUUGGAAGCGGUUGUGUGUUUCGACAGAGCAGCUCGGUCGUGGAGGCGACUGCAGCGUGGUGUUGAUUUGUGUCACGAGACCGUCGUGUUUGGCUUGUUGGCCCUUGAAAUAUCCCCGUUUGAUUGUAAAAUGCAAGAAGCAAUUUAGUAACCGGU